AUGACUACCAAAAUAAUCUCAGUCGUCGGUGCUACUGGCACUCAAGGCGGUUCAGUUGCCAGGACCUUUUUGGGCCUUCCCAACUGGCAUGUUCGUGCUCUCACCCGUCGAUCAACCUCCCCCAAGGCUCAGGCUCUAAAGGACCUUGGAGCAGAGAUUGUGGAAGCCGACAUGGACGAUGCCGAGUCUUUGGUAAAAGCCUUUGGCGGAGCCCAUGCAAUCUUUGCCAACACCGACUUCUGGGCCCCUUACACAUCAGCUCUCGCAGAUGGAAAAGACCAGGCUACAAGUCAGCAAAUUGGCUACGACACUGAACACCGCCACGUCAAAAACGCUGCCUAUGCUGCAUCCAAGACUGAGACUCUCGAAAAGUAUAUUUACUCUGCUCUUGGACCCAUGAAGGAGGUAUCAAAGGGUAAAUACCCUCACUGUCAUCAUUGGGAGACCAAGGCCGCCGCUGUCAAGUACAUUGAGCAAGAGAUGCCUGAACUAGCCAAAAAGACAUCAUACAUCUACAUCGGAGCCUACGCUACCAACGCGUUCCUGUAUCCAAAGAAGGACUCCGAUACUGGCGAAUAUGUUCUGGACCUCCCUGCAUCAAAGAACUUACGAUUCCCCAUCCUCGACACUGCCAAUUCAACGGGCCCUUUUGUCCAAGCCCUAGUUGAAGAUGAGCCCGCUAGAACAAAGCUGCUGGCAUAUGAUAGCGAACUCUCCAUGAGCGAGGCAGUGGAAAUUUGGAACAAGGUGACAGGGAAGAAGGGUAUCAUCAACAGUAUGACUGAGGAAGAGAUGCAUCACAAAACAGGUCUACCGUAUGAAGUUCUAGAUGGAGCUGCUUACUUGGACGAGUAUGGAUACACGGAGGGGAUUGAAGGAGUUAUCAUGCCUGAGCAAUUGAAGAAGCCUGUCAAGACGGACAGCUUUGAGGAGUUUCUGAAGAAGCAGGAUCCUGAGGCUUUGUUGUCAUUCCAGUAUGGUCUUCCUGAGGCUCCAGCUAAGAAGCAAUAA